AUGUCAAAUAUGGAAUUAGCGUGCCAGAAUGUUGUGGAGGAGCCCACCGAAGCCAACCUCGUGCGGCUGUUGGACCUGUGGUCGGCGGACUGGAAGCAUCAAGGGCGCACCCGUGUCGUGGGGCCUGGAGCGUUCGAGAAGUAUUGCACGCUGGGCUUUUUUGGGCACGGAGGCGUGUGCGGUGUUUCCAUCGCAACGAGCAAGCGAACGGCCUGCACCGCAGUGAACCGCUUCUUGAAGAGUCGCUUUCCGAAUGGCACCUGGACCUCCAUCGCCGUGCUUUUCAAUCCCCGCAUGGGCCUGCACCGCGACAUUCAGAACAUGCCAGGGCACUUGAAUCAUGCUUUGGCUCUCGGCGAUUACACCGGGGGGCGGGUGUGGAUCGAAGACGACAAGGGCGACUCUACCGCGCUGCUGGCCGGCAAGGGGGGCGACCGGGAGCUGCGGGGCAGGUGGCUGGACAUGCACGACAAGCCCGUCAGCUUCAAUGCUCGCCGAUAUCACAUGGUGGAGCCACACCAGGGCAGCAUGUGGGCUCUCGCAGCUUAUGUUCCGCAAGCCUACGCUCGCUCGACCGAGCAGCACCGAGAAGCGCUGAGAGAAGCGGGCUUUCCGCUGCCAGUCUAA